AGGAUAAACUACUUAAAAUCAUUACAAAAGGAUUAAUUUUGUUUAUGAAGUCCAUUAAUGAUGAGCAGACUUGUAACUGGUGAUUAUACUGUCUAUUAAGAUAAUUUUUCUUUCACUGAUUUCCAUUGUCAUGUAAUGCCAAGAUGAGAAUCAUUUAUGUUCUUCAUAUAUCUCUCACCAUUUGAUUCUUUUCAAGGAAGAAACUGACACUGUAGGUGGAAGUGAACAUGUGAUCAUGUUUCCUACAGUAUAUGGGGCUUACAGUAUAGUGUCAUCUCUGAUUGGCCAAUCAAAUACAGUCUUGUCUUUUAAGAGUGGAGAGAGCAUCAGGAGGUUUUUCAUUCAACACGGCAGUUUGAACACAAUGACACCUGCUAUGGUUGCAUUCUAUCUCGCAUGUGUGUUCUUGGGGAAAAUGGCUAAGGCAAAUGAACUGAAAGUGUCCUCAUCUGUGCGCCAAACGAGUGGUUUUGUAUCAGUUUAUGUUGGUGAUGAGGUUACUUUGCAAUGUUUCUAUGAAGGUAAUGUAGCAAGGCUUUACUGGUAUAAACAAACUCUGGGACAGAGACCAAGGCUCAUCUCUACUUUCUACAAGUACGAUAAAAAUGGAACUUUUCAUGAUGAAUUCAAGAACAAUCCACGCUUCACACUGGAUACUGCAACAGGUCAAAAUCACUUGAAGAUCUCAGAUUCACGUGUAUCAGACGCAGCUACUUACUACUGCGCAAGUAGCUUUACAUAUAUUUUUGAAUUUGCAGAGGGCACUACUGUCAGUGUAAAGGGUUCAGGUUUGACCGUCCCAGUUUCAGUCCAUCAGUCAGCAUCUGAGCCCAUCCAGCCAGGAGGCUCUGUGACUCUGAACUGUACAGUACACACUGGGACCUGUGAUGGAGAACACAGUGUUUACUGGUUCAAAAACUCUGAAGAAUCUCAUCCAGGACUCAUUUACACCCAUGGAGGCAGGAACAAUCAGUGUGAGAGGAAACCCAACACACAAACCUGUGUCUACGACUUGCCAUUGAAGAGCCUGAAUCUUUCUCAUGCUGGGACCUACUACUGUGCUGUGUCCUCAUGUGGACACAUACUGUUUGGAAACGGGACCAAGCUGGAUUUGGAAGAUGCGCGGGACUCUCUUGUCUUGGUGUAUUUCUUGAGUGGGGCUUUGGGAUUGACCACCAUCCUAGUUGUUUUGCUGGCUUUCUUGGUAUACAAGAUAAACAAGCGAAAUAGCUACUCAGGACCAGACUCUCAAGCAAAGAUUCAUGCUCCCUCCACAGUAGAUGCAGAGGGCUACCAAAAUGAAGACAGCCUCCAUUAUGCUGCUCUAAAUGUUAACCUGCCCACCAGAUCAAGAAGACAGAGGAACGACACCAAGAGUGAAUGUGUGUACUCCAGUGUGAAGCAGUCAAAUUCAUAGAAUCAUUUUGAACAUGUUUUGUACAUUUACAUGUUGAUCUUGAGAUAAAAAUCUCCUUUCUAUCUUCCUUGUGGUCUGCCGUCAACAGAUGAGUGCUCUCGGUGCUUUGGUAUGGUAAAGAAGGCCAGAUUAAUUUAUGUGCAUUAUGCAUUUCCAUGAACAUUUUGUGUCAAAUAAGAUUAAAUAAAUCAAAUCUAUUUAUGGAGUAC